AUGGUAUUUUCUGAUUCUCACGGGCUCACGGCCUGUAACCCUCGAAACGCGAAUGGCCGUGUCGGCCACCUAAUUCUCUGUUUAACGUCUUCAAUCCUUCUUCCAUUGAUCACUAUUUCGCAGUGUUUGCCUUAGUCUCUUGAGGUGCAAUGAGAUUGGAGAAGUGUUGGUUCUGUUCUUCUACCACAUACCCUGGACAUGGAAUCCAGUUUGUUCGUAACGAUGCCAAGAUUUUUCGGUUUUGUAGAUCUAAAUGCCACAAAAACUUCAAAAUGAAGAGGAACCCUCGGAAAGUAAAAUGGACAAAGGCAUAUAGACGAGUGCAUGGAAAGGAUAUGACACAGGACUCAACCUUUGAGUUUGAGAGAAAGCGAAACAGGCCAGAGAGAUAUGACAGGAAUCUUGCUGAGAAUGUCCUCAAGGCCAUUCCAAAGAUUGAUAAAAUCCGAGUCGCCAGGGAGGAGAAACACCAUAAGAAUAGGAUGAAAGGCAAGAAACAGAAGCUGCAUAUGGAGGCAGUUAGGGAGUUGGAACAGGGCAUCAGUCUGGUCAAAGCUCCAUCUGUGCUUCAAAAGGACCCUUUUCUCACUUUACCCAAGAUCAAAGUUGGGGUUUCCCAACAACAACAAUCAGAGGAGAAUCAUCCCAUGGAAGAGUGAUGUCAUGCCAAUGCUGCACUUUCAACCCCAGUUUUGUGAUUAUGUGUUUCAUAUGUGGAUUCAGUGUCCAAAUUACAAUUUGGUUCAUUGCUGAUCCGACAUGUGAAUGAUGCGAUUUUGAAACAAAAGUUUUGGCCGUUGAGAAUAUGUUAGUGAUAUUGUUUUUGGACAAUAAUAAUACUGUGUGAUACUGCACUAUUAUAUAAAGCAAAGCAGAAAGACGUUGUCCAACAUGAAGUCUCCUUGGACCUAUUGUACCUGUCACUGUCAGGAGUAUUCAAUCUGUUAAUAUCAAGUCAAAUGUUAAAUUAGUAGGAAA